GAAAUUGCUUCCAACCAACCUGGAGGUGUGGCGAAGGUUGUAUUGAAGAAGGGAAAGACCCAACUUUUCGGUAGGGGCGGAAGCUCAAUGGUUUACAGCGGAGCUGUUGACAGAAUUAUUGGUCGACCGCCGCCCAAGACGGGAGAUGUCGUCCUCGUGGCUGAUGGAACCCAGAAACCAAUUGGUUGGGGCUUUUACAACUCUGUCUCCAUGUUUUGUGUUCGCCUCAUGCAGCUAGAGGAUGAAGCCUCAAGAGAACUCUCCUGUGCACUAAACGUUGAGGAACUGCUAGAAACCAGAAUUUUUGCUGCUGCUCAGCUGCGCAACACUUUAGGCCUGCCUUCUCUCAAAACAAAUGCAUACCGUCUCAUCAAUAGUGAAGGGGAUAGACUGUCAGGUCUAAUUGUUGAUAUCUUUGGAGAUAUAGCUGUUGUUGCUUCAUCAGCUGCUUGGGUGGAGAAGUACCGGCCGCUGGUAGAGUCCUGCAUCAGUCGGAUCAACGAAGUUAAACACAUAAGCUGGAGACCAUCGGUUGAAAUCCUCAAGGAAGAAGGCCUGGAUUAUUCUAGUUCAACUGUUGUAGAUCUUGUACGUCCUCCUCCGGAAAGGGUAAAAGUCAUGGAAAAUGGCAUUUCCUAUAUGGUAUCAAUGGAUGGCCAAAAGACGGGCUUUUAUGCUGAUCAGCGUGAUAACCGUUGGUUCAUUUCUACCAUUUCUGAAGGUCGUAGGGUUCUUGACAUUUGCUGCUACACUGGAGGUUUUGCUCUUAAUGCCGCGUUUGGGGGUGCAUCAGAUGUCACUGCUACUUGUUCGCAUUUUCCAAGGUGUUGAUUCGUCAUUGCCUGCACUGGAAGUCGCCAAAGAGAACAUUGAUUUGAAUAUGAUGGCUUCUAGAAGGAUUUCAUUUGUGAGACAAGAUGCAAGCGAGUUUAUGAAGGAUGCACUUUCUAAACAUGAAAAAUGGGACAUAGUCGUUUUGGACCCUCCUAAAUUAGCACCUAGGAAAAAGGUUCUAAAAAGUGCAUCUGGAAUGUAUAGCAAUCUCAACUCACUUGCUAUGUUGUUAACAAAGAGAGGAGGUCUACUCAUGACUUGCUCCUGCUCUGGAGCAAUGACACAAAGUGGCAUGUUCCUAGAGAUUCUUCAGGGCGCUGCAGCAAAGGUUGGGAAGAAAAUCACAGUGGUGCGCAAGGCAGGAGCAGCGUGUGAUCAUCCUCUGGAUCCCGCAUAUCCGGAAGGAGAAUAUCUUACCAAUAUCUUGCUUAGGGUCGUAUAGGUUUCACUGCCCCGUUAUUUACUAUCAGUCUAUCAUAGAGAAUACUGAACCUCAUUUCAGCGCACAACAUAUUUCGUUUCAAUCUCUCUACAGUGUUGAGAAUCAACAAAAACGAAAUAUGACAUUUCAACAACAAACAGAGUCAGUAUUUCCAUGGCUUCUAGUUCACUAACAAAUUUAGUGUUUCCACCCAGCCAGCUAGUGGUAGAAAGCACAGGUCUCUUCUUUCCAUUGGAACGGUAAGGACAUGUUUACUUCAAGAGUAGUAAACGGUGUUUAUUAAGAUAUGUGUUUGUAAACGGAGCAUAAAAUAAGGAAAGCUAUAAGCAUAUGUUUACUAGAUAUGGUUUAAAAUACCGUUUAUCAUUAAAAUGUUCAAAAUAAUCAUAUAAAUUACGGACUCGCACACAUUCAUAUAUACACAGGUAUAUAUAAUAUAAUAAAAUAUAAUGCAAUAUAAUUUAAUGUAAUGUUUUUUUCCAAAGAAAUAACAUAAAUUUAUUGAAAAAUACGCCAAUGAAAUCCAACCGAAUAAGAAGUCCCUCUUGUCGAAGAUAGAAACCAACUGCCAAGGUCUUCAAUAAUACCAAGAUACUAGUUGAAAUCACCCAUCCACAAACAAAAAUAGUCAUAACCAAACAUCCCUAUGAAGAAACAAUCGCAAAAUUCUGAGGUAAAUCUAACCCUUGAUCUUGUUUUUUUAGCUUGAAGUGGGGCGCUUCAUCUAAGAUGAAGUCGAGUAGCAGUUUUGUAGUUAGGUCACUUAUCCGAGAAAGCGGCUCCUGAUCUGAAUCACAUCUCAAAGACUCCUCAUCCGAAACAUCAUCAAUAUCAAAUUGAGAACUACACUUAAUUGUUUUUUGCUGACUUUACUCAGGGAAUGAGGCUUGAAUCAAUGUUACUAGCAUGACUUUCUCCCCAUUACGCUUAUCUUUCCUUGUAGGCCUGUGACUUGGAACCGUAAAACCGGGAAAACCGAUCCGAACUGAACCGAAUUUUCCGGUUCGGUUCCUAUAAUUUUGGACUUCAUCUUUUUUCGGUUCGGUUCCUAUAGUAUUUGUUCGGUUCGGUUCCUAGGCAGGAACCGAACUUCGUACACAUUGCUCGAGUAAUUUCAUUUGAGGUGCUUCUUGGUGGAAUUUUUUGAUGAAAUUUUGUGAGCUUGUUUUUCAUGAAAUAUAGAUUAUGUACACCAAAUUUGAGCAUAAAAUUGAAUCGGUAAGUUAGUUAAAUAAAUUAUUGAAAAACACUACGCUAAAAUAUAUAUAAAACGCAAUGUUUUCCAAUAUUUUAUUUAACUCACUUCCCGAUUGACUUUUAAGCUGAAAUUUGGUGGAUAUUAUCUACACUUAAUGUAGAACAUGCUCACAAAAUCUCAUCAAAAAAUUCUAGCUGGAAGCACCUCAAAUGGAUGUGGUCAGACGGCGUUCCGAGCAAAAAACUCUUGUCAGGAAUAUUUGUCUUGCAUAAUAUACCUUACAUAUUGUGGAACAGACAAAUCUGAGUAGUUAUUUUCUACUUUAGUCCAAUUUUAUAUUUAUUGCUUUUUUUAAAUUGUAUUUGUUAUUUGAGUUUAUCUAAAAAGUGAAUUAAUAUUCUGUUGAUUACGUUGUUAUUUGUUCAUAGUAAAUUACUAAUAUUACCGGUCAAUUGAUUACUACAUACUUUUUACUUAUGGGGCAUUACUAGUAGAAAAUUUUAUUUUGAGGUUGAUCUACCUAUUAUUGAAUGUGUAUCUUGGUGCUAUUAAACUUUUUUGCUUGACAGUUGAUGCCUAUUUUAUAAUAGCUCAUAAUAUAGGGACAUCUUUGUAAUUAUUUGACUCUUGGUUUAUUAUAAAUACAUCUCUAGCACACCCUAAUAGGGUGAGCAAUGGGUGAGCAAUUAUUCCACAAUUACUAUUGCAUAUGGUAUCAGAGCCUAGGUUAACCUAGAGCUUCCGCAUCGUCAAUUUUUUUAAACUUGACUAUUAUUACUAUUACUAUUGCAUAUUUUAAACUUUACUAUUACUAUUGCAUAUUUUAAACUUUUAUGUUUUUGCUAUGUUUAAAUUUAAUGUUUGCACUUGGAUAUUUUUGUGAUAUUUGAACAUUGGAAUAUCAUGUAUAUAUUGAUGUAAUGGUCAUAAUUUCAUGGUUUGAAAUUUGAUUUUUUUUUUGUAACUGAAGGUAAAAAUGUGUUCAUUUUAGGAGGAUAAUAAAUUUUUACAAGGAACCGAAAAAAAGUAAGAACCGGACCGAAUUUAACUAGAACCAAACCGAAUUUAACAACUAAAUUUUUAAAUAGAACCGAACUGAAUUUAACGCCUACAAUUUUAAAACGGUUCCAUCGUUUUUUAACAAGAACCAAACCGAUCCCAGGAGGACAAUAUCCCUAUUAGCGUUUUCAGUCUCAGACUCUCAGGAGGAGAUAUAAAAUCAAUAGUAGAAGAAAGAUAAUCAUUUAGCAAUAAGUCCUCUUGAAAGAGUUAAGAAGAGAUAGACUCCACAGUCUCACAAACCUCGAUUGUUGAGUUAGAACAAACAGCUCCUUGAUCCCCUAAAACAUUCUUCAAUGUUCUGUUUCCACCUCUUUUAAAAGAUCAAAUUGACUUAAUAAAGUAGAGCUAAAGAGGCCAAAACCUAGUGGUUUCCUACUUUGUGGUAUUAUAAAAGUAGAAAUACCCCCAUUAUCAAUCAUCACCAGACGAAUAAAUCCACAUACAUAUUUUCCUCGAAAUAAAGAGUUAAUUUUCUAGAUGUUCUGAACCUAGUAAUUUUCCUCAAAUCAUUCCCCGAUUGCAGACGACAUAAAGCAUCAUAAAACCAGUUAAGACCAUCAUUAUCAAGAAGAAUAGAUACGUUAUGACCCUCUUUGAUUUGACUGGUUUUUAGCAUCAUAGAUUUAAUUUCAAUUUUUUUUUUUACUUUGAAUGUGAAUUCAUUUCUGUUGACCUGAGCCAGUAGAACCCCGUCCAACCAUCUCUCUAACCUGAUUGGUGUCUUCCUUAACAAAUUUCAGCGUAUCGCAAUUGAGAAUUGGGGAUGAACUCUUGCAACAAUCCCACUUCUCAGAGUUACGCCAUAAUGAAUCCUCUCUGCAAAACUUGCAGAUUUUCAAGGCCGCAGCAUCCAUCUAUUUCUCCUACAAGGAGCAAUCCUCAAAGCCUUGGACGCCUGGAAUGAAUAUCGAUGCCUAUCUUAAAAUAUGCUUGGCCACUUAGCGCUGAUCUGGAUACCCUUGAAACGAAAUCAGAUACUAGCUCGACCUGUGUAACCAUUUUGGCUCUGCAUCGAAGCCCCCGGUGCUCUGCAUCAAGAAGAGACUCGCCUGGUUGCCGGAAUAGUUACAUCUCUCUGCUCGACAUCGUAAUUUAAUGUAAUGUAAUGUAACAUAAAAUAAUAUAGUAGAAUGUAAUGUAAUACUCCCUCCGGUUUUUAAUAAACUUUACACUUUCCUUU